CGGCACGCCACCUUGGCCGGCUCCGCGAACUGGCCGCGCGUGACCUUCUCCGGCUCUCCUCGUCCCGGCUGCCGCGCUCUCUACCCGACUCGCGCCCGCGAUGCUGGCGCUGCGCUGCGGCUCCCGCCUGCUGGGCCUGUGCCGGGGCCCGCGCUCGGCGCCUCUGCUCUUCCCGGCUGCCCGAGCCUGCAGCGCCGGCAGUAGCAGCGGCAGUGGCGGCGGCUCGUCCUCCGGGAACCCCCUAGUGUACCUGGACGUGGGCGCCGACGGACAGCCGCUGGGCCGCGUUGUGCUGGAGCUUAAGGCAGAUGUCGUCCCCAAAACAGCAGAGAACUUCAGGGCACUGUGUACUGGAGAGAAGGGCUUUGGUUACAAAGGCUCCACCUUUCACAGAGUGAUUCCCUCCUUCAUGUGCCAGGCGGGCGACUUCACCAACCACAAUGGCACAGGGGGCAAGUCCAUAUACGGAAGCCGCUUUCCUGAUGAGAACUUCACCCUCAAGCACGUGGGACCAGGUGUCUUAUCCAUGGCAAAUGCAGGCCCCAACACCAACGGCUCGCAGUUCUUCAUUUGUACCAUAAAGACAGACUGGUUGGAUGGCAAACAUGUCGUGUUUGGCCACGUCAAAGAGGGCAUGGAUGUGGUGAAGAAAAUAGAGUCUUUCGGCUCCAAGAGUGGGAAGACUUCUAAGAAGAUCGUCAUCACAGACUGCGGCCAGCUGAGCUAACCCACCCCACCAGGGCUCCAGGGCAGCGACAGUGUGUGGGUGGGACCCUCCACGUGACUCUGCCAGGCUUGCCAUGCCCCACUGAGCUGCCGGUGCUCCCCGCCAUCACUGUGUGAACCUCCACAGGGCACCACCUUUCUUCAGGGUGUAAGAAGGGCCACCAUGUCACGUCUUCUCAGCGUGUGCCUUGGGCGCUGGGGGUGGGAACAGGCUAGUUUGAAGUGAGGGUCUCUGUCUAAUGUCUUCCUCCUCGCUCGAAUGGUUCCAUUAGCAAGGCUGCUUGAAGAUGAGGCUGUGACGUCAGACCAUGCUGUGCUGUGAUUUGAGUAGCACAGGCCCCAGAAGCCUAGAGCUUACCCUGGGAGACUCAUUCAGGGCUUCUGUGAAGGCUGAGGCCUUCCCUCAGCUACUGUGAAUCCCCCUGGCUUGCUGCCCUUGGUCCUGAAUAGAGUAGCCUAUAAGCCUGGGAGUGAGCCCAGUGGAGGCCAGCCGUUCCCCUGGUCAAUGUGAAUUUCUACUUUGAAGCAAAAGUGACCUGUGAGUGUGUGUGCCCUGGAUAAAGCCAACAUGUCUUUCCUGGUGGACAUGGCUUUUUCUGUUUUAAUAAAUUAUAUAUAUAUAUAUAUGCACAGUGCUUUCUGGAACAGUGAUGUUCACCUUAAAUG